CACACACACACACACACAUCUCUCUCUCUCUCUCCGCCAUGCUGGUGCGGGUCUCUGCUCUCCCGGCUGCUCUCUGACCCCGGUGCCCGUGUGCCUCUCUCCUUUGACCGAGGAAAAACACGGACGCCUGCCGCGCUCGGAGUAUCCAGGAGGCGGCGGAGAAGCUGGAGGUCCCUGCCCAGGGGGUCGAGGGUCCUGCCCCGCUGCACUCUGGCCGGUGUGCCCGCCACACAAAAGGUUCUCGUUGUGGGUUCUGUUUGGGUUCUCGCGGCCGUUCUGAAGGAUGCCGGGUGUGUGCCCGGCUCCAGCGCGCUGGUGAAGUUUCUUGUGUGUGAUUUGGAGUAAGGAUGGCCCACAGGAUGCCGACGCAGGGCAAAGUGACCAUCACGGUGGAUGAGUACAGCUCCAACCCCACGCAGGCCUUCACCCACUACAACAUCAACCAGAGCCGCUUCCAGCCGCCGCAUGUCCACAUGGUGGACCCUAUCCCAUACGACACUCCGAAGCCCAGUGGCCACACACGAUUCGUAUGCGUGUCGGACACUCAUUCUCGGACAGAUGGUGUGCAGAUGCCGUACGGAGAUGUGCUGCUCCAUACGGGAGACUUCACAGAGCUUGGCCUGCCCUCAGAGGUCAAAAAGUUCAACGACUGGUUAGGGAGUUUGCCGUACGAGUUAAAGGUGGUCAUCGCGGGAAACCACGAGCUGACCUUCGAUAAGGACUUCAUGUCUGAGUUGGUGAAGCAGGAUUAUUACCGCUUCCCCUCUGUCUCCAAACUCAAACCCGAGGACUUUGACAAUGUUCAGUCUCUUCUCACGAACUGUAUUUACCUGCAGGACUCUGACGUCACCGUCAAGGGCUUUCGGAUAUACGGCACGCCGUGGACCCCUUGGUUUAACGGGUGGGGUUUUAAUCUGCCCCGCGGUCAGUCUCUGCUGGAUAAGUGGAACUUGAUUCCUGAAGGCAUCGACAUCCUCAUGACCCACGGACCCCCCCUGGGCUUCCGUGACUGGGUUCCUAAAGAGCUGCAGCGUGUGGGCUGUGUGGAGCUGCUGAACACGGUGCAGAGACGAGUACGGCCAAAACUACAUGCCUUCGGGGGAAUUCACGAAGGCUACGGCAUUAUGACAGACGGGUACACGACAUUCAUCAACGCCUCGACCUGCACGGUCAGCUUUCAGCCCACCAACCCCCCCAUCGUCUUCGACCUGCCGAACCCCCCCAGCUCGUGAGACGCUUCUCUGCUCGGGGUUUAUUUACAGUCAUAUUACUUUGAGAGUAAUUAUGUUGAGUGUUUCUUUACCAAUGAAAUUUUUGUAAACUGUUCAGUGGAAGUGGAAAAACGUCAGUGGGUGAAAAGUGUUGGGUGCGAUGAAGAUUGUUAAAUAAAAAAAAAACAAAAAAAAAAAGAAAAACAAAAAAAAAAC